GACACGAAUAUCCUCAAAACCAACAGAGAUCAGACAAGAAAUCUGCAUUUCCAAAUGUAAAAUAUGGUUCAAAUAAUCUGUAUGAACUAUUGUCUUCAAAACAAAAGGCUCUUUUGUCCCUUUUCCAUCUGGCUGCUCUCAUCGGUCAGGGUCUGGCUGCUCUACUCUCUAGUUGUUCUCCAGCCAGGUUGGGAUGAAACUCCUAACUUGUAUUUCUGCUGUAUAUUGAGCAGUAGAUCUCAUUGUGCCUAUGCAUUGCGACAAGCUUUAAACACAUCUGCAUGACCACUUCCAUCCUCCUGCUAUUAAUCACUAGUGUCCCUUUGCUGGUUUACACAUUUAAACAUCUGCUUUUCUCAAACGCAAUUUCUUAUUUCCCCGUUUGUCCGUCCAGUGUCCGCGCCGAGCCGCCGUAGCGAUGGGAGACAACGUGUCCAAGAAACUGGGACUGAUCUCUGCUACAGACGCAGAGAUGGAGGAGCGCUCCUUCUCCAACCGAUACCCGGACUGGGCCCCGGGACGCCUGUCCUCAGGCUCCGGAGGACAAGGAGUCCUGUCCUCAGGCUCCGGAGCAGAGCUGGAAGACAACGAAGACUACGAAGACAACCAGCCGCUAGAUGCAGAAGGAAAGGUGAGCGCAGCAUUCCAGAAGAAGGUGGAGAACAAGAUCAAAGAUCUCCUCCAGCAGAUGGAGGAGGGCCUCAAGACCGCCGACCCCCACGACUUUUCCGUUUACACCGGCUGGACGGGCAUUGCCUUGCUGUAUCUCCAGCUGCACCGGGUGUCCCAUGAGGCCACCCACCUGCAGAGGGCGCUGGACUACGUGAAGAGGACCAUGAGGAUCCUGAAUGGCCGUAAAGUGACGUUCCUGUGUGGUGACGCGGGGCCGCUGGCAGUGGGCGCGGUGGUUCACCACAAACUGAAUAACACCGCUGACAGCCAAGACUGUCUGUCCAGGCUCCUCCAGCUGCAGCGGUCAGUGCUGAGUCCAGACUCUGAGAUGCCAGAUGAGCUGCUGUACGGCCGGGCUGGCUACCUUUAUGCUCUGCUCUACAUUAACAAAGAGAUGGGAGCUGACACGGUGGAUGAGAGCACCAUUACGAAGGUGGUGAUGGCCAUCGUGGAAUCGGGGAAGAACAUGUCUGCAGAGCAGAAGAAGACGGAUCGCUGCCCUCUGCUCUAUGAAUGGCACAAGAAGCAGUACAUCGGUGCUGCCCACGGCCUGGCUGGCAUCUUUUACAUGCUCAUGCAGCCAGAAGCCAAGGUCCAUCCAGACAUUCUGUCAGAGUUGAUCCGUCCCAGCAUCGACUACGUCCGCCACAAGAGGUUUCGUUCGGGGAACUUCCCGUCGUCGCUAAGCAACGAGAGUGACCGGCUGGUUCACUGGUGCCACGGAGCCCCGGGUGUUAUCCAUCUGCUCAACAUGGCUUAUAAGGUGUUUAAAGAGGAGAAGUACUUGAAGGAGGCUGCAGAAUGUGCUGAGGUGAUCUGGCAGCGGGGUCUGCUCAGAAAAGGCUACGGUAUCUGCCACGGCACGGCAGGCAACGGCUACGCCUUCUUGUCCCUUUACAAGCUCACCCAGGAGAAGAAACACCUGUACCGCGCCUGUAAGUUUGCUGAGUGGUGUUUGGACUACGGGACCCACGGCUGUCGCAUCCCAGACAGACCCUACUCUCUUUUUGAAGGUAUGGCGGGGGCCAUCUACUACCUAUCAGAGGUGGCACAGCCCGAAGCCUCCUGCUUCCCUGCUUUUGAACUUUGACCUACCAGCUGAUGGGGACUGAGGACGACGAAGGGGAACGGGGGACUAACUGUUUUGGACAAAAAACUUUGAGUCUUUGCUUGAAAGCUGGACGAGGAUGUGUUUGUAAUGCAGCUUUCAACCGAAGUCGUGAGUAAGUAAUGUCUGAAUUGAAAAUGAAGAACUCGACAGAGUUAGUGCAAUUCGUUGUUUGUUGGAGUAACCAUAUUGUUUGGUUUAUGGAAUUGACAUUUAAAAGAUAAAUGGAAGAUUAAUUUUGAACAAAACUAUAAGUUGAAUGUUGUUGAUAGAGUGAAAAUCAAAGCAGCUGCUGGACUGAAGAGGACAAUGCUAAUGGAUGUUUCUCUCCCUAAAGAUGGACAGUUACAUCCUGUGGGGUCCAAACGUCCCCUCUCAUCCUCCACUGUUUUGGGGCAUAGACAUGUCCCAUGUGUCCUCCUCGCCCAUUACAAGUCAGUGCUAGCUGGCAUGGACAAAGAUGAACACCCUUUAACCCUCAGCCUUUAAUAUCAUAGCACCUAGGCCAAGAAAGAGGGCGUGCGGGCGGGCGGGCGUGCACUUACCUUCCUAUCCAACUGUGGACUUCGGCGUCGUUACACAUUCACCAAUAGGGGACUUCUUAGCAAGCAGGGGACAUUUUGGAAGUCCCCUGCUGGUCAUGCUUUAAAUCAGGGGUCUCCAACAAGUAGCUCACUACCCGUUUCUGAGUGGCUCGCUAACGGUUCAGAGAAUAUGUACAUACAUUUGAUAACAAAAAGUCACCAAAUGAUUAUAUCGGCUGUCAAUUAAAGUAGUGAGGCUGCUGUCAGGUUUGUAACGCCAUAACAUACAGCGAUGUGAGCAGACUAGCAAGCGUACACCAGAUUUGACAAUGACCACAGAAAAUAGCCAGGCACAUAAAAGGCAACAAAUCUACUAUUCUAUACUAUAUACUAUACUACCGUCAGUAAAAGAUGUAACAUCGAGCGCCAAGUCCACAGACACUUUUCAUGGGACUUUCCGUCUGGUAGCAGUCUACGAACAGAGAAGGUAAAGGAGCCAAAAGCAACGCUUAGAAGACGACAGUCUCCGUUUACUAAUCUGACGAAGAAGGCCGAUGAGGCAAAGAGCCUUCGUUUAGCGGCUCACAUCCUAACAAAACACAAAAAGCCCUUCGUCUAUGGAAGAUAUGUAAUAGAGACGAUGACUGCGGUGGCUGAAACGUUAUUAAAGGACCAUGAAAGUAAGACAGAAAUGAUGUCUGUUAUUGGCGAUGUACAACUUGGUGCUUCGAGGAGCGCUCAGCCACUUUCAUUUUGUCCAAUUAGCUCUCAGAGGGGAAAAGGUUGGAGACCCCGGCUUUAAAUCAUGUAUAAAACCCUCUUGUUGUUUUUUUUUUUUUAUUUAUUAUUUUAGGCAAGAAGGGACUUGCAGAUGUGUAAUGUAGGUAUGUGUGAAGCUGUUGUGGUAUUUCUAUGCACAUGCAUGUACUGUAUAACAGGCUCCUGGUCUCCUCUUCCUGUAUUUGUCGGUGUGCUGUUUCCCUUCUAUUUGUCACAUAGUGGGGACAAGUUUCUCUGUCAUAUUUCAUUUCAUGAGCCAUAUGAGCCUAUAAGCCAGUAAAACUGAAGUGAAACUAACCAAUAUAUCAGCCUUUAAUGUGGCAAUCCUUCAGAUUUCAGUCCCGGUUGAUUUAGAAUUUCUAUUUGAGUGAAAACCAUGUAAUGUGCUUAGAGUUUAUCAGUCUGGUCUGUAGUCUUUUUCUUAAUACACAAGCUUCACAUUUUCA